AGAGCCCUUUUUUUCCUUGCUCGCCCCUCCGUCUGCAUCUGCGUCGCUCCUGCAUCGGCCUCGUCCUGGUCGUCCCCACUCGCCCUAUUUGGGCACCUUUUUUUUUGUCUCUCUCGGAUGACACCAUUGAUCGCCCACGCAUCGCGCCGUCUUUGAAGAACAUGGAUCGCCGUCGCUCGUCUGCUUCCAAUGCCCCGCCGUCGCCGGCAAUAUCCGCGGUGUCGUCGGUCUCCUCCACCUCGUCGUAUUUCUAUCCCCAUCGGUCAUCCAGAGGCGCCGUGGAGAUCGAUCGGUACUCGACGGCCUCCUUCGUCUCUCUGCCUUUCGACUUGCCCUCCGAGUUUCCCAUGCCGUCCGACCCCCAGGCCUGCUUGCCCGCAGGCGAAUCGCACGCGGCUGUCCCUGGAGAGGGCGGCCCCGUCGUUGUCGUGGACAUCCCCAGCGACGACGUCCCGACUGAGGGCCUGCCGCCCCACGACCCGCUUGCCAACACUGUGUCCCAGUCCCAGCACCCCGCCGACAUUCUCCUCCAGCACCAUCGCCAAACCCACGCCCAGGUACAGGUGCAGACCCUCUCCCAGCCCGAGCUCCACCCCGCCCAUGUCCAUCACCUCGAUUCCGACGCCGAUGCCCUGCACCACCAACCUGCCGACCUGCCUCCCGAGCGGUCCUUCACCAAGAGCUUCACCUCGCCCUAUCCCGCAACGGCUGCCUGGACCGAUACCACGGCCCUCUCCGACCAUGAGGACGAGAACCUGCUCACCGUCAACUCUGUUGGCUCCAACCUCGCCCACCACUUUUAUCUCCUGCGCGAGUCCCGCAACGACCAUCUCUCGCCCGACCGCCGCACCCCGAAUGCCUCGCGCUUGUCGGUGCUGAGCGCCCGCAGCUCCCAGCUCAAGGACGGCAUCUCCAAGACCAUGUCCACGGCCUACCAGGCCGCACACAAGAGCGGUCUCUUUGGUGAGAGCAUGUAUCCCAACCCACGCUCUCGGCCCACCAGCCGCGCUCCCAGCCGCUCGGCCAGCCGUUCCGCCAGCCGCCGAACAAGUCCCGCCGACCGAACUCGCAGACGAGCCCGCACAGCGAGCCAGCUCGGCAGUCAGCCCAACAGUCCCACCCACAGCCCCUUCAGCACCCCGCCCAGCAGCCAGCCCAGCAGCCAGCCCGACAGCAUGCCCCAGAGCCGGCCCAACAGCCGCCCUUCGUCGAUUCGAGCGCAUCGGCUGCACCACGCGUCCCGCCCUCGCUCGGCCGCCUCGCUCUCGAGCAUCCUGAGCGCCGACGACGUCCAGGUCGACGACCAGAUCUCGCCGGCCCAGAUCCACGCCAUCGAGCUGUUUCAAAAGAUCAACCAGCUCUCGCGCUCGCCGUCCGUGCAGUCGGGCCACUCUGUCCGCUCGGUGCACUCCAUCGCCGACAGCAUUGCCAGCAUCCCGCACGUGCGCUUCGACGUCGACGACCGCAUCGAGACCGAGGAGUCUGUGUGGCCGACGGGCACGCCCUACCGCAAGUCAGACACCAACGACUUUGUCAAGACGCCCUCGGUCCAGACCAUUAUCGACGGCGUGCCUCAAAUCGACAUUGUCAAGCGCCAGGACUUUCUCAUCAAGCUCACCAGAGCCUUCACCAGCUGCGGUGCGCCGUCGCAUCGCCUCGAGUAUCACCUGCAGCAACUCUCCCAGAUCCUCGAUGUCCCGAGCGAGUUUGCCGUCCUGCCGGGUAUCGUCAUGAUCUCCUUUGGCCGCGAAGACCAUACCUCCAAGACCCACAUCGUCAAGACCCCCCAGGGCUUCCACAUGGGCAAGCUCACCGACAUCAAUCGACUCUGCCUGGACGUGGCCGAGUACCGCAUCACCAUCACCGAUGCCUUUGUCAGACUCAACGAGAUCCUCACGGCCCCGUCGACGCCGCUGUGGGUGCACUUUAUCAUCCAGCCCGUCAUGGGCAGCACCUUCUGUCUCCUGGGCUUUGGGGGCCGGUGGAUCGACGCCGCCAUCAGCCUCUUCAUGGGCGUCGUCAUGGCCGGCUGGAUGAUGCUUGGCAGCCGCUACCCGAGCGUGACCUACCUCGUCGAGUUCAUGAGCUCCUUCACCAUCGCCUUCCUCGGCCGCCUGUUCCAGUGGCUGCUGCACAUCUACUCGCCCGACACCUGUUUCAACUACAUUGCCGUCGUCUUCAGCGGCUUGGCUGUGCUGCUCCCGGGACUCGCCCUGACCAACGCCAUGACCGAGCUGUCGACACGAAAUAUGAUUUCGGGCACCGUCAAGACCUUCCAAGCCCUUUUUGUCGCCAUGAUCAUUGGCUUUGGCAUGUCGAUGGGAUCCGCCGUUGCCAUCUUCCAGCCCAACGCCACCAACCAACUCUCGACCCAAGCCAUCUGCUCCGAGCCCGUGUCGCCUUACUGGGGCUUCCUCAUCUUCCCGCUCCUCACCAUCUCGGUCAACAUGCUCUUCGAAGCGUACCCGCCGCAGUGGCCCGUCAUGUCGCUUGUCAGCGCCCUGGGCUAUCUGACCUCGUUCUUCCUCUCCAAGGUCCCGGCUUUCACAGGCCAGAACACCAGCGCCGUGACCGUCGCCUCGGCGAUGGUGGUCGGGCUUGGCGGCAACGUUUAUGCGCGCAUCACGGGCGACGUUGCCGUAGCGCCGAUCCUGGCGAGCAUCUUCUUGCAGGUGCCCGGCAGCGUCGGCGUGAUGAGCUCGCUCGGGUUCUUUGGAUCCAACAUUAUCGACGGCACGACCUUUGCCUUCAAGAUGCUCCUCGUUGGCAUGUCCAUCACCAUGGGCUUGUUCAUCGCCACCCUGAUCGUAUGGCCCGUCAAGGGUCCUCGGCUCAAGUACAUGACCUUCUGAGCCGCGGUCGCUCAAGAAUCCGCAACAAGACCGACCGCCGUGGUUGCUACCGCCACUGCUGCUGCUGAUGAUGUCGCUGCUCGCGUCAUGCCCACCUAUACCACUGGAGGCAGCAGGAUCAUGGGGCCGCUGCGUUUGGCUCUGCUGCUGCCAUCAUGCCAGUCUUUCAUCACUCGACGUUGCUGCCUUCUCUUCGUCUCUUUAGCUCUCUCCGUCACUCCAUCUCGACCAUCGCCUCUGCUUUUGGUACCGU